UUUAAAGAUGUCAAAUGUCAGUGAUGUCACUUUCAAUUUAUAAACAAUGUUCAAAACAACGAAUUAUCCCCAAAAAAUUAUUUAAGUGUUUUUUCCAUUUAUAAUCGUGUAACGAAAUAUCCUAAAUUUAUUAAUGGAGUGUGAGGAAUUUCUUUGAAACAAUGAGCACCAGCUACUCUACAGCACUGUCGCAUAUUAUUUUGGCAGGAACUGGAAUUUACUGCUAUUUGGGAGUAAAUGAUCAUAGCCUGUAUUUUCCACAAUGCUCUUUCGGGUCAAUAAUCGUCAAUUCCUUAUUGGGAGUAUGGAGAUGGGGUAAUCCCUCCUAUGGAAGAAAUUCAAACGGACUCUACAAAUUUACCUCUUUAUUACAAGACUUACUGGCGCUUCCAUGUAUCGUUUCAACAGAGUUGUUGCAGUAUGGCUACAUGAAAGAAAUUGCAUAUGCCUAUACUUUGGUAUCUGUACUUCCACUGAUAACAUAUAUUUGUGAUAACAGAAACAUGAGUAAUGACUUAUUGAACACAAUUCUGGGAGCUAACUGUAUAACACUUGGGGUAUUAUCAUUCUUACACCAAAAUUACUUUGGUAUUGCAGCUUGUGUUUCAUAUGCAUUUAAUCAUUUUUUGGUAAGGAACGAUGAUGAGACUUAUUUUGACAUACCUUCUCAGGAUUUAUACAACUAUGCCAUGUGCUUUUUUGCAUUUUUUGGACUAAAAACUGUUUUGGAUUGAAAAGAUUGACUGUUAGCUUUAUGAUGUUUGCAUAUCACUGUUGUAUUUCGUCUAUUUUUGUAUACAAAUUUUGAAUGUACAAAUAACCGAUAUAUAUAUAUAAUAAAGUUGCAAUAUUUUUCUGCAA